UCGGUUGUGCAUGUAGAUUUCGAGGGGUACGAGCUCAAGAGCAGUGGAACAUUACCUGAAGACGCAGAAGCUUUGUCCAUCGCGCACAGGGGAAAUGGUGAAUGAGUUCGUCAACGCCGGGGGGAAAGUGUUGCGGAGUGAUAAGAAUACGCGGUACUUGUUGAAGAAUUACAGGCAGUUGCACGGGAUUCCGGAAGGGGGGGUCGAUCAGACGGAGAAGGCCGACGAGGUGGUUGAAGUUCCCGCAUACCUUGAGCCACAGCCACCGCCCACUGCGGGCAGGGCUGCUCCUCCAUGUGAUGCAGGGGAUUUGCACGAGGAGAAUGCUUUGGAUGCGGCGGGGGGUGAGGCGUCGGGGUCGAACACACGACUGUCCUCGUUGCAACAGUCAACAAUAAGGAGGUGGGUGGACAACGAUGCGCAGAAGAAACUGGACAUCGCAUGGGCGGAGGCCAUGUUUCGUGCUGGGAUACCGUUCAACUUCUUGGACUUCGAAACCACCCAGAAACUCCACGAAACGGUGGAGCCCUUGACGACUUGUUGGGAUGUGAGCGGGUGUACGUUCAUCACAGACGGAUCGAGUGAUCGUCGGGAGCGGCCCGUGAUGAACUUCUUGGCAGCUGGGGUGGAUGGGGCGGUUUUGGUGGCGACGGUGUCAAUGUCCGGGAGGAAGAAGACUGGACCUGCAUUGGCGAAACUUUGGGAGAAGAUCAUGAGGGAAAUCGGAUUGCGUCGAAUCAAUGCGAUCUGCACUGACAACGCGGAGGUCAACAAAAGGGCGGCUCAGAUCUUGGAGCGACGAACGGACAAGGAGGUAGCAAGGAUUCCGUGGGUUCCUUGCGCUGCGCAUUGCUGCAGCCUUCUCUUGCGCGACCUCAGCAAACUCGAUUGGGUGAAGCACACCGUUAAGAGGGGCCACACACUCGUCAAGUUCAUCAGAAAUCACCACAGCACAAACAGUCAGAUGAUGACAGUGAACGAUUCGUUGUCUCUUUUGCGGCCCACGGAGGUGCGCUUCGGGUUAGUCUACCAAAUGUUGGAGAGGAUAUACGACAGGCGAGCGGUAUUGAAGGACAUAGUCCACGGUCGUAAUGCAGCAAAGUGGAAUGCGAUCCGAUGGUCCACGUCUAAGUUGAGGGCCAGAUCGGAUCUGGUGUACUUCACACUGAGGAGUGAUGAGUGGUGGACGGGGUUGAACAAGGUGGUUGAGGUGAUGGAGCCCGUGUUCGGCCUCUUGAGGCGGAUGGAUCAGGACGGUACCGCUCCCACAAACCUUGUCGAGUACGACAACAUGAUAGAGAGGAAACUUAGCCAUAUCAUUCUCACGGUGGAGCAGCGGGCGAGCGUGAUGGAGAAAGUCAAAGAUUGCAUGAAGAUGAUGCGGCAGCCCGUUCACGCAACGACCUUUCUUUUGGACCCGCACAGGAGAGAUCCAAGGUGGUUGCAUGACCAAGAUAGUGCGUUUGUGGAAAAUGCCAUGCGCUUUCUCUCGAGGCAGGUUCGAGGUGAAUGGAAAGGGCAAGAGCACCUUGACAUUUGGAGUGACCUGAAUGAGUUCCACACCAAACCUACAAGGAACGACCCAAAAAGGAAUGCCACGAAGAUGUGGGACCCCACAGCGAAGGCAGAUGUUGACAAGCAGACACUAUCAGAAUGGUGGGCAGCACAUGGUGGCGACGUGCCGAAAUUGCAGAAGAUUGCGAUCAAGGUUAUGGGCAUGUGGAGCACCGCAUCGCCAACGGAGAGCAACUGGGCUUCCAUGGACUUCAUCCAUUCCAAACGAAGGAACAAGUUGUUGCCAGAAAGUUUGGCGAAGCUGGUGUACAUACACUGGAACAUGCAGCUACUGCGUGUUCCGGAAACCAAGAACAACGGAUUUGUGGACUUGUGGUGUGACUUCGUCGAGCCCGCCCCGGAGCCUGAAGAGAACGAUGGAUCGGUGUCGAAGGGGCCCGAGGAUGAGGCUGAGAAGACAGAGGAGGAGUUUGUAAGGGAACGGAGGCUCACAAAGACUCCGAAGGGAAGGGUUCCAAGAAAUCUCGAGGACAAGGACGAAGAGCUCACGGAUGACAGUGAUUUGGAUGACGAGCUGUGGAAGGGGAAGUGCGGAUUCUCGGAGGACUCAAGUGGUAGCAAAGAGGACGACGACGAUGACUCCGAUUUCGAGCUACGAUCGGAGCCGUCCGUCCCAGGCACGAUGUACGUCGGAAGAAGACAGACCGGACGACAACGCAGGGAAGAGCCACGGUCGGCGGCAAUGGAGCCCGGGGUAAUGGAAACUGCACUGUACAAUCCGCAAUCUGAUGUCGAGUUCACACGGCUAGACACAGAUGUCGAGACGUUGCUGGAAACGAGGGUGGACGAAGAUGAGGAGGAUGCGAACCGUGCCAAGGCUAUGGCUGACCGGGAGACCGAACUCGUCAACAAACGUAUGAUGGAGGAGGAGGCCCGCCGUGCAACCAUCCCAACCCGGAGAGAGAUCGAGAGGGGUCUCAAACAAGCCAGGGAGCACCAACAGCAGAUCAAUCAGGCAUUGGAGGUUGUUGAAGAAGGAGAAGAGGAGGAGAGAUGGAGCACCAAGAAGAAGAGGAAGGCACGGUGCAACGCGGGGAGGAAGAGGAAAUGCAGCAGGAAGAGGAGGGGGAAGGAUUGGUGCAGCAGAAGAUGCAGCACGGCGAGGUCGAUACAGCCCGCGAAGACGAGCCCCGUCCCACAACGACAGCAGUCUACACACGCAGGCCCCGGCCAGCGGAGUUUCCGGAGUCCGAGGCGAAGAUACCGGAAUUCCCCGCAAGGAGGGAGGAUGUCCAGCAUGACAACCUGUGGGUGAGCCGAGUGGGCAGGAAGAGAAAGGAGCCAUCAUAGGACGCUCCUGCACAGCCAAAACUUCCUCGUGGCAGACCGCG